GUUAAAUCUUAAUAGUUCAUCACUGAUAAUGGAUCUAACUUCAAGGCAGCGGGAAGGAUUUUAGAAGAACAACAUCCUAAGAUGUUCUGGACCCCUUGUGCUGCACAUUGUGUGAACUUAAUGUUGCAAGAUCUUGGUGAUAAGUUGCCCAAGAUAAAAAGUGCUUUACGUGAAGGUAAAGCAAUGGUUGUUCAUAUAUAUAACCAUGGGAGGAUAUUGAGCCUAAUGCGAAAGUUAACAAGCGGGAGGGAGUUGCAUAGAUCAUGUGUAACCAGGUUUGCUACUGCGUUUUACACUCUUAAGAGUAUUUGGGAGAAUAGGUGUCAUUUGCAAGUUUUAUUUGUUUUUGAAAAAUGGACCAAAAGUGAGUUUGCACAGAAGGCUGAUGGAAAAAAAAUUGCAAGAAUAGUGGCGAGGCAGGGCUUUUGGGAUAAUGUUUAUUUUACUUGUCAAGUCUUGGCUCCACUGGUUGAUGUGAUAAAAUUGGUAGAUACAUAAGAGAAAUCUAGUAUGAGUUAUAUUUAUGAAUCUAUGGAUAGAUCAAAAGACCAAAUUGAAAAGAAUCUUGGAAAUGACCAAUUCACCUGUGCAAAAGUAUGGCAGACAAUUGAUAAUAGAUGGAAUAAUAAAUUCCAUCACGCUUUGCACGCAGCCGGUUAUUACCUAAAUCCAAGCAUUUUUUAUAAGCAUGAUUUGACGAAGAUGGAGUCAAACAAAGAGAUAAAAGUCGGGCUCUUAGAAGCAAUACAAAAGCUCGUUGAUGGAGUAUAUGGGUCUGAGCCCCUGAACCCACGUACUCAGAAGAACAGAAAACACAAGACACCGAGUGGCGCCCACGUCGGCCAAGGGACCCCCGUCGGCCGAGAAGGUGCCAACUCAGAUUAUGGUCCCGAGCCCAAGGAACCCGGGUGCCCUCGUCGGCCGUGCCCUCGUCGGCCGCGCCCUCGUCGGCCACGCCCUCGUCGGCCACGAAGACUUCACAGAACCGGAUUUUAUACUUACUCAUUUGUACAGCCCAUUAGUGGCUUUGUAUUCGGCCCAGUAGCGGUCCAGUUGUAAAUGGGCCUCCCAAGCCUAAGGCUUGGGAGCCCAGCUCGUAUUUUCUCUAUAAAUACUCCCCUUGGGAGUAGUUAUAGGGGUUACAAAUUCAUUCUAUUGAAGCAUAUUAUUGCACUUCUCUCUCUAGCUCUCACUUCUCUCUAGAUAUACUCUAUCAUUUGGUGCUCUCAUUGAGAGCUAGAACAAUCAAGUUAGCACCCUUCGUCGAUACCAAGCACAGCUAACCACUGAUCAUGGGAAGAACUAAAUCAAACCGCAACCUCGUCAGCAAGGCCAUCCCUGAGGACCAAGAGGCCAGGGAGCACG